CGAAUGACCGGGAAAAAAAAAAAAAGGCCCCACACUAUACCCCCACGCACCCCAUCAUACCUACGCCCCUUCUACUCAACUCCAUUCAAGCCAAUUUCACCAUUCGUCUUCUUCAUCUCUCUCUUCUCCAAUCUCGAAUCUCAAUCCCCACUUCUACUCUUCUUCUUCUUUAAUCUCUCACACAAACCCUAAUCCCCAAACCCCUUUUCUUCUUCUCCUUAUUUCUAAGCUCUUUUGAAUGGUACUUUUACUUUAAAUUGUCUCCAUCACUAUCUUCCCCAUUUGUGUUUUUUCUUCACAAUGUUCAAAUAUUACAUCCUUAUCCCAUCUCUUACACUUCUCAUCUCUAUACCAAUCAUCUUUUACUUAGCUCCAUCAAUCCUUCCUCAACGACAAAUACCCAUUUCUCUCCCUGAUGAACUCGACGAUCUUUCCCUUUUCCACAAAGCCAUCGCCGCCGAUUCCACUUUUCUCAAAAAACCACCCCGUAAACUCCCUGCCAAUAAAUUCCGUUUAGGUUCCACCACCGUGCGCCGCCCUAAAAUCGCCUUUCUCUUUUUAACGAAUUCAGAUUUACACUUUGAACCCUUGUGGCACAAGUUCUUCAAUGUCUCUGAUCCACAUCUGUAUAAUAUUUACAUUCACGCUGAUCCUGCAGUGAAAAUUACUCCUCCAAUGGGUGUUUUCGCUGACAGAUUUAUACAUUCAAAGAGAACUCAACGCUCAUCACCGACGCUUAUAUCUGCCACGCGCCGCCUUCUUGCUCACGCUCUGCUUGAUGACCCAGAUAAUUCUUAUUUUGCUCUUAUCUCUCAGCAUUGUAUCCCUUUACACUCGUUUAAUUACUUUUACAAUUUUCUAUUGGAUACCCAGAAAUUAUCUAGGAAAAUGGAAUUCCCUAGUUAUAUAGAGAUUCUUACGGAAUCUCCUUCAUUAUUAGAUAGAUAUAAUGCUAGAGGGGAAAAUGUGAUGGAGCCAGAAGUGAGUUUUGAUAAAUUCCGAGUUGGGUCACAGUUUUUUGUCAUUACAAGAAAGCAUUCCUUGAUGGUGAUUAAGGAUAGUAAGCUAUGGAGGAAAUUCAAGAAGCCAUGUGUAAAAAUCCAGUCUUGUUAUCCGGAGGAACAUUAUUUUCCUACUUUGUUAUCAAUGGAGGAUCCAAAUGGCUGUACUCGUCACACAUUGACUCGGGUGAAUUGGACCGACUCCGUUGGUGGGCAUCCCCAUACUUAUCAUCCACCUGAAGUUUCCCCCGAGCUGAUUUACAAGCUCAGAGAGUCGAAUUCAACGUAUUCUUACAUGUUUGCAAGAAAAUUCUCACCGGAUUGCUUGAAAUCCUUGAUGGAAAUGGCGGAUUCCAUCAUUUUUAAGGACUAAAUUUCCUUUUCUUGCUGACAAUGAAGAGGAGAAAUCUAAUGCAAAUUGUGAUGUUGUGAAGAAAAAGGACACAUCUUAGAGUACCUACCAUGUGGGGAUGAGGUCUUGAAGGGUUUGUCAAAAAGGAUGCCCUCAGCCUAACUAAAACCCCAAAAUGAAUCCAACUCAAAGCUUUGAAUGAGCUUUCAAAGAAAGCAACAAAAAGCAAUCAAUAGUCAUAAGGUACUGUUGUGGUGUAAUUUGGUAAAGUUCCUUUUUAGGCGUUUAGUAUGCUACUUGCUCGACUAAGGAGUUAUAGUGCUCCAUACCAAGAUGAGAUCUCUACUCGAGAUGGAAUCCAGUUUGGUUAAUUUGUAGUUGUAGCUCGUCGGGUUUGAGGAGAGGAUGCCUUAUAGGCUCUUCCCUUUGAUGUGUGUGUUCCUCUUGUACAUAUAUACUUAAGAAUAAUUGGGUGGAUCAUGAGUGAAAUUACAAGGUUGUUGGUGUGAAUGUUCAAUGAUGGAUUGAGCCAUAAGCAAAAUAAAGAAAGAGCUAAAUCCAAGUCUUCUUCUCCAA